CGGGUUCCGGGGCUCGGGGUUCCGCUGGGCCCCGCCGCUCGGUCCUGCGACUGCGCCUCCGUCCGCGCUCCCGCCGCCGCCGCCGCCGCCGCCGCCAGCAUGAUGUGCGGGGCGCCCAGCGCUUCGCAGCCCGCCACGGCCGACACCCAGGCCAUCGCCGACCAGGUGAAGGCCCAGCUGGAAGAGCGGGAAAAUAAGAAGUACACUACUUUUAAGGCCGUGACAUUCAGGAGCCAGGUGGUCGCGGGGACAAACUACUUCAUCAAGGUCCAAGUUGACGAUGACGAGUUUGUGCACCUUCGAGUAUUUCAGAGUCUCCCGCAUGAGAACAAGCCCUUGGCCUUGUCCAGCUAUCAGACCAACAAAGCCAAGCACGACGAGCUGGCGUACUUCUAGUUCCGCUCUGAGCGGGCCCGUCCACGUGGUUCCAUGUGGUUCCAUGUGGUUCCGUCCUCUCUGGGCGUGUCUGGGAUCAAAAGCCAAUGCCGUUGCUUUACGGGGCCACUUAGGGAGAGGCUGUCAUGCACCUGUCUUGGUCCCUGCUCCUAACUUCCGUGGGCGAGACAAAGUCAGCACAGUCACUGACCUUCAUUACGUUCAUCGAGGGCUUAUAGUCCCUUUAAAUACAUAUUUGUAGAUCUUUGCGAAUUUC